AUGUUGUCUCGUCUUGGAGUUGGCCAUUCGGCCAGGUUAUCACCCAGAUUCAUCAGACCAUCUUUGAUCAGAGGUAUCAAGACCAUUCCGCAACCACCAGGUUUUGUUGUUGGUACAGUCAAUGACGCAUACGAAGGACCAAAACCACACAAACUUGAAGGAUCAUACCAUUGGACACUUGAGAGACUUGUAAGUCUUGGUUUGGUGCCUUUGGUCUUGGCCCCAAUGAUUACCGGAGCUUCCACUUUUGUUGACUCUUCAUUGAGUGCAUUGUUGUUGUACCACUGUUAUGCUGGUUUCCAAUCAUGUAUUAUAGAUUAUAUUCCAAAGAGAGUAUAUGGCUCCUACCACAACUAUGCCAUGUAUCUUUUGACUUUUGGAACAGGUGUUGCUGGCUAUGGUGUUUAUGAGAUUGAGAAGAAGGAAGGUGGUGUAAGCACAAUCGUAUCAAAAUUGUGGAAAGCUUAA